GGCAGCACGUGUCACAUGACCACAGCACAGCUGACGGACGCUGGGGUAGGCUUGUCCGAUGCUAGCCUGCUAGCUGCGUUAGCCGCGUCUGGUAAAUCCAGGCAGGAGCAGCCGUGUUUUUUCGCCCUUUCAGACAGAACCAGCCGGGGAGAGAUGUUCCACGGGCCAUGGGGAGGACACCGCGCAUGUGGCCGCGUUUCGUAUCCCCUCGUAUCGGCAGCUUUUGGUUAGAUGUCAAUGUCACAGUCUGGAGCUAGGGCUGUGUAGUUAGCUCCGCUAGCCUGUGUCUGGCUAACACAGGGCCAAGGCCAAGCGAGGAAAAAGGGGGGAGGCCGUCGGGCAUUUUCUCUGUAGGUGGUCAGAGGAGGAGAGGAGACAGAACUUGGUUUACAGUUGCCUUCACCAUCACUGUCACCCACAGUUGAGCCAUGUCGUCUUCAGGGUGCUGCCACCUACCCGGCUCCCUUUGUGAUUACUCUGGGAACGCUGAAUCAGACGCCUCCAAGGAUUCGGAGGAGUCUGAUUCUACUGCCCAGGCCCAGUACAUUGCCAAGGUUACGGCUAAAGAUGGCCGCCCACUCUCCACUGUUGUCAAAGCGGUGAGCUUGCAGAGUGAUGUGGGCAUGUGUCGGAUUUGUCACGAGGGAGCUGGAGGAGAGACGCUGCUCUCACCCUGCGACUGCACUGGCACACUGGGUAAAGUGCACAAGAGCUGCUUGGAGAAGUGGCUGUCCUCCUCCAACACCAGCUACUGUGAGCUCUGUCACACAGAGUUCACUAUCGAACGGCGACCACAGCCACUCACACAGUGGCUGAAGGACCCCGGCCCUCGCAGUGAGAAGCGCACGCUGCUCUGCGACAUGGCCUGCUUCCUUCUCAUCACACCCCUGGCAGCCAUCUCUGGCUGGCUGUGUCUGAGGGGAGCCCAGGACCACCUGCAGCUGAAGAGCAGACUCGAGGCCGUCGGCCUCAUCGCUCUCACCAUCGCUCUGUUCACCAUCUACAUCCUCUGGACACUGGUGUCCUUUCGCUAUCACUGUCAGUUGUACUCUGAGUGGAGGAGGACCAAUCAGAAAGUGCGCCUGCUCAUGCCUGACAUGAAGGGGGCACACACCACCCAGCGUUCGGUGCCGACCAAGUCGACCAAGAAAAUGACUGAUGAGACCAUCGUAUGAGUGCGGAGCAGCGGCGAGAGGAAUAUUUAAAAAAAAAAA